AGUUUACUUGUUCUUCCUCCGCACAGUCCCACAGCUGAGGGCAUUGAUGUGAGCGCGGAGGCUUUCAGUUUUUUACGCGCACUUCUUUCCCCCAUCUCUCACCCUCACACACGGAGCACAAACCCACCUUCUCACCUUUAGUUUAGCGCGUGUCUGUGUUUCUUUUUUCCUUUUCCUCCUCCCUUUUAUGAAUGAUUCUCUCUCGUAGUGCUGCUGUUAAACUAUCCUCGGAUACUUCGCCGUCCUCGUCCGCACAGACUCACCUCGGCACAUCUUCUCUGCUCAAGUUCAAACGCCACCAGGACUUUCACUGCAGCUUCAGACGCACUUGGGGGAAAUAUCACUCGACGAGGAAAAACUUGAUACUCUGUGCAGCAGCAGCAGCAGCCGACGCGACCGUCAACAUGAGUCUGAAAGCUGACGCAGAGCCGAAUAACAACGUUUCCAUCGAGGAGGAGGUACGAACACUGUUUGUCAGUGGCCUACCAGUCGAUAUCAAGCCACGGGAACUUUACCUUCUCUUCAGACCUUUUAAAGGUUAUGAAGGGUCACUGAUUAAGUUAACAUCAAAACAGCCUGUCGGGUUUGUAACCUUUGACAGUCGGUCUGGAGCUGAAGCUGCAAAAAAUGCACUAAAUGGAAUCCGUUUUGACCCUGAAAGUCCCCAGACCCUGCGCUUAGAGUUUGCUAAAGCCAACACGAAGAUGGCAAAGAGUAAGCUGAUGGCCACACCGAACCCCACAAAUAUCCACCCUGCUCUAGGAGCACACUUCAUUGCACGGGACCCAUAUGAUCUGACUGGGGCAGCACUGAUCCCAGCGUCACCGGAUGCGUGGACUCCUUACCCCCUGUAUACCACUGAGCUGACUCCAGGCCUCCCUCACGCAGCCUUCACUUACCCGGCGGCUGCCGCUGCAGCCGCAGCCCUCCACGCCCAGGUGAGGGACCAACCGAUGCGCUGGUACCCUACUCCCUCUGAGACUUCUCAGCCUGGAUGGAAGUCCCGGCAGUUUUGUUAGAUAUUUAGCCUCUGGAAACCACACCUUUGUCCAGCUGAAGUGAGGUUUGCCAAGCUCUGCAUUAAUUUAAUCAGUUUAUUUAAUGGACAAAUGUGCAUUACUAUAAGCAAACAGUAUUUAUAUCUCCUUCCGAUUGUCUCUGGGGGAGCCUGAGUUAAGACCAGUUUGCUGUCGACAAUCUGAGCUUAUCCUUGGCAACUAUUGUGGUACCAUCUUAGCACUUCAAAAAAAAAAAAACCUCAUGCAAAACCUUUUCAAACUCCAUGGCUCAUA